GCAAAGAGCAAACAUAUAGACAAGCUUCAUGGCACCCAAAAGAAAGCCUAAUAGCACAACCAAAUCAGCUCCUAGGGCGAGGCUUUCGCGUCGCGCGAAGGAGAACAAUAUCACGAACGAGCAAGAAAAUGAAGUUCGGGAAGCUUUUGAGCUAUUUGCACUAGAUAAUGUGGAGGGAUUUGAAGACGAAAAGGAAGGCGUGUUAAGGACGGAUGAUGUGCGAAGAUGCUUAGUUGCACUGGGCAUCAACGUCAAAGCAAGCGAGCUUCCCGAGAUUAUAGAGACUUUGGAUCCGAGCGAUGAGAAAUAUGUGACGUAUGAGCACUUUCUUGCGUAUGUUGCAUUAGUCCGUUACAAUAAUCCUCAAGAUGACGACGAGCAUCAUGCAGAAAGAGAAGCUGAAGUGCACGAAGCAUACGCGCUCUUUACGAAUAAUCAUACUGGCCCUAUCACCCUGCGCGAUUUGAAACGUGUAGCAAAGAUACUGAAGGAGGAUGUCAGCGACGAUGUGCUUAAGGACAUGCUCUGUGAGGCCAAUGGCGAGGGCAAAGAUGGCUGGCGGAAAGGCGUCAGUCUUGAGGAUUUUAAGAGCGUGAUGAGGCGAGCAGGCGUUUUUGGUUGAGCCUGGCAUAAAUUCAUUCACCAACGCCAUCAUCGCCAGAUUUGCGCACUAUUAUGGCGCCUAGGGAAUGCACAGCACAUUGCCUUCGGACGGUCCCGAUGAAGAGAAUUAGCCCUUGAUGCAAAGUCCACACGAUACGACCAAGUCCACAUUCACAGAAAGAGGAUGCUCAUUACGUCUAACCAGCCGGUCUCCAGUCAGUUCGGAAAAUCAAGCCCAUUCAGGAGUUAUGAACACGAAAUUGGACGAGCAAUUUACGCACACCCGCGGAACAACACGAAAGAUUGUAGUCUUGAUCGAGAUGUUGAAGUAUUGAAUGGGUUCAUCAAUGUAUCGUCGUUUGCACACUUUAUCCACUUCAGGAAACUAUUCUCCCGAAACUGUGUGAUGGGUCUCAUCAGGCUCGAUGUUACUUGUACGACCCAUUAUUGCGCAUUUCGAGGCUUAAGGCAAGAACAAAGUUCAAGCGAUCCUCGAGAGCCGCAUUGAUCAAUACCGAUUUUCAGGGUCCGGAACCGGGUAAGAGGGGAGCGCAUCUUAAGCCUAUCUAUGUUUGGGCGUAAUAAUGGUGAUCACCGUCAAAAUUCGGUCCCUUUGCAACACCCAACUGUCAAGUACGUCAACCUAUACGAUUCGGAACACGCCUAUCUUGCCGAGAGCGCAGCUUGCUGCCGCUUGAGACCAUAUCCCUUGUCUGCGCUAUCUGACCGCUUAUCUCAGCAGGCUCAGACGCUUCGCUGGGGCGUUUUUGUGGCUGACGCUAAACUAUUUUGAACUUCUGCCAAGUCCUCUAAAUUCCUGGACCAAUCACAGCGCGCCAAACCCUAAAACCCCUUCAGCG